AUGUUUGGUCCUAAGGAAACCAUUUCCUUCUCUCCCAUUCCUGGAUCUCGAUCUCGUCAUCAUGAAAAUGAUUCGGAAGAAGGACAUUUAUCGGAUUCUUCUCAUGAAGAAGAGGAUGAUAUUUUGGGGCAUCAUAGGCAUGUGAGGCAACUUUCCAUGGAACAAACCUUAAUGCAAAUUCAGCAACAACAACAAGUAAAUGGGAGUUUAAUGAGUUAUCAAAAUUAUAAUUCUAACGGACAACUUGAUGCAUUGUCAUCAAAAAGUAGUUGCAAUAAUGAAAUUUCCAUACUCGUUGCUAAAAUUCCCAAUGAUAAAUUGAACCUCUUGUAUUGGAUAUUUGUGUUGCAAGGAGCAGGGGUUUUAUUUCCUUGGAAUUCAUUCAUUUCUGCUCCCGAUUACUUUAACAGACUUUAUGGAGAUUCUGCCAUGAUGUAUUUUAGUGUUGCAUAUUCUGUUCCUAAUUUGCUUGGAUUACUUGCAAUGAUACAAUUCGGAAAUCGAAUUUCUCACGGCUGGAAAGUCAUACCAGCAUAUGUAUUAACUCUAUUAAUCUUGAUAUGUGUUCCACUUCUCGGAUUUUUUCAUGUUGAUACCAACGUUGGGUUUAUUUUGACAAUGACGUUGAUUGUUUUGAGUGCAUUAUGUAAUUGUGCAUUACAGGCAGGAAUUUUUGGACUUGCCAGCAUGUUACCAACAAAGUAUGUUCAGGCCGUAAUGAUUGGAUGUGGACUUGCUGGAAUUGUAUGCUCCCUCAUUCGUAUUCUCACCAAAAUCAUUAUUGAGCAAAAUCAUGCUCGUGUCUCAUUGCUGAGAAUGACCAAUAGCACAGCGACAUACUUUUUUGUGUGUGCAUUUGUCGUGCUCAUGUGUAUUGUGACUUUUGUCAUUGUGUUGAAACAUCCAGUCACUCAGCAUCACAUGAAAAUGGCCCUUAAAAAAGAUCAAUUGCUAAUUUUGAAUCCACAAGAGGAGUGUACUUCAUAUCAUCUCUCCAAAACUCUCAAGCCCAAUGUGAUUAUAGUUUUCAGAAAAAUUUAUCACCUCUGCCUAUUAGUAAUGUUUCUCUUCUGUGUGACAAUUGCUGUUUUUCCUGGAAUGGCAGUGGGAAUUUCAACUUGGUAUUUCAAAACACCCAUGACAUAUUGGUUACCCAUUCUAAUGGGUACUUCUAAUAAUUUAUUUGAAUUUAUAGGCAGAUCUUUACCGAGCUUGGCAGUUGUAUUCAAUCACAAAACGGUCUCCAUUCCAAUUAUCUUGAGAGUAUUAUUUGUGCCAUUAUUUCUAUUUUACUACAGGCCGAAACUCUUUGGCUGGAAUGACAACUCGAAUAUUUCUCAAAUCUAUGAAGGAAUUGAGGCAGGUGCACUGAAUGAUGCCAUUCCACUGCUGACCAUGGCAUUCUUCUCCCUUUCCAAUGGUUACUUGUGCUCAUUGUGUAUGAUGUUUGCGCCUCAACAAGUGGACAGUCAUGAAAGAGAAAUGGCUGGUACAAUGAUGACGUUUUUCUUAUUGCUAGGAAUUAGUUUAGGCUCAUGUAUUGGGUUGUUGUUCUCGUUUGUGUGA